CCCGACUCCCGCCCGAAUGUCCAACGACCCGCGAUCCGUCCCGCAUAUCAACAUCGACAUCCUGCGACAGAGAUUCCUCGGCCCGUCCUCUGUCUUGCUACUUUCUCCCAUCUUCCGGGCCAUGGACUGAACAAUGACCGGCGGCACAAUCACAAAGGGAGGCAACAAGACGGGCGUCUACGCUGCUGCCGCGGCGCUGCGUCUUCUGCUCUUCGUUGCGUUCCCCGGCCUGCCUGACCUGCUGACCGGCCGCGUCGAGAUCUCGACCCCCGUGACAAGCUUCAAGCGAUUACAAGAAGGCCUCUUCCUCUACAACCACAAUGUCUCUCCAUACGACGGCGGCGUCUACCACCAAGCGCCCCUCUUCCUCCCGCUCUUCUCACUCCUCCCGGAUUUGAAGUCGCUGCCGAUCUUCGCAUAUUUCCUCUACAUUCUUGUCGACAUUCUGACCGCAGAUGCGCUCUCCAGGAUUGCCGACUCAGGCGAGGCCGGGUCCUCGCGCCUCUUCACCUCCCCGCGCCGCGGCAAGAGGUGGAGUGGCCUCGUCGUCGCAUCGCUUUUUCUCUUCAAUCCUUUUACAAUAGCAACGUGCGUCGGCCGCUCCACCUCUGUGUUCUCGACAUGCGCCAUCCUCCACGCCGUCGCGAAAGCAAUUUCCGGCGCGCCCCUUGGCGCAAUGGUCGCUCUCUCCUUCGCGACGUAUUUGUCGAUGUAUCCCCUCCUCCUGCUACCGCCGCUCGUCCUCCUCGCCUACGACCGCCAGGACCCUUCCCGCCGCAUCGCAUCGACCGCGCUUUUCGCCCUCACGAACGUCGCCGUCCUGGCUGCCGUCCUCGCCGCCUUAUUCCUCAUGUCCUUCCUCCUCACGGGCGGCUCCUGGGAGUUCCUCUCCAGCACUUACGGCGCCCAGCUCACGCUCAACGACCUGACGCCCAACGUGGGGCUGUGGUGGUACUUUUUCGUUGAGAUGUUCGACUCGUUCCGCCCCUUCUUCCUCGCCGUCUUUUGGCUCCACCUCUCGAGCUACGUCGGCCCCCUGACCAUCCGCAUCCGUUCACAGCCAUUGGUCGUCGUCACACUAAUGGUCGGCAUAUUUGCCAUCUUUAAGCCGUACCCGUCCAUUGCCGACACAAGUCUGUUCCUGGCGAUGCUUUCGCUCUUCCGUCACCUCUUCCCCCUCAUGCGCUACACCUUUGUCGGCGCUGCGACAAUCAUGUACGCCUCGUUCCUCGGACCGGCAUUCUAUCACCUGUGGAUCUACGCCGGCAGCGGCAACGCCAACUUCUUUUACGCCAUCACCCUCGUAUGGAGCCUGGGCCAGACCUUGCUCGUGAGCGAUCUGACGUUUGCUGUGCUGCGUGACGAAUGGGAAGUCGAGCGGCCCGAGAUGGUUGGAAAGGAGAUCCGGCAGAUCUGAAGUUAUCUGGGGGGGGGGGGCACUUUUCUUCGGUUAUAUACGUGGCGCUUUGAAAAAGAAAAGAGAAAGAUAUUACGAGGUUUUGCAAUCGCCCAACAUGCGCGCUUUUGCAUCGGACACUCCGCAGCAUAAGGGGCUCUAUGUGGACUCUUAAUGUAAACAGUAAUUGAAACAGAAUUGUACAAGUUCUAGUGUGACAUGGAUGCCUUUUCCCUUCUAUAUGUGAUGGCAGAGUUGGGAGCGUCCUGCCCGUAACCCCCCCUUGUGCCGAACGUGAGUUGGCAAGGAUCUUCUUGCAAGACCUUUGAUCAAGACCGUCUCCUCGGUCGCCAACACUCGAGACGAAUGCUACACC